AUGGGAGCUGGAAUUAGAAUCGGGAUGCUGGCGCCAGUACAUGCUGACGUGUCCCAACCCGGAAAUGGCGUUGCCGUAUCCAAUACUUUUCAUCUCCACACUACAAUUGCUACAGCUUCUCUUACUCCCUCAGUCUCGGUGCUGUCGUUUAAGUUUCCACCGUCGACGCCGCCGCCGCCGCCUAUGACAAUGACGGCCGCUCGUCCCCGGAAGAAGAGGUUAAGUAAAGCUCCCCGGUUACUUUCCACCGUCCGGCAAGCCACUUCUAAUACGGCCGUUCCACCUCCUCCUCAGGAACAGGAGGAAAAUGCGCAAAGAAAAGCCCCCGAUCUGCAAACCCUUGGGAGGAGGUUCUGGAAAGUUGCUGCUCCUUAUUGGUAUUCUUCCGACGAUAAAGUGCAGGCAAGGCUCCGGCUGCUGUCCGUCUUCCUUCUUACUCUAGCAACGACUGGUAUCAGUGUUGGAUUCAACUUCCUUGGCCGCGACUUCUACAACGCCCUUGCCAACAAGGACCAGGAACAGUUUACCAAGCAAUUGUUGUACUACCUUGCUGGUUUUGCCGGGGGAAUUCCGUUUUUUGUGUUACGAGAUUAUGCAAGAGAUACCCUUGCAUUGAGAUGGAGGUCUUGGAUGACUAGUUAUUACAUGGAACGCUAUCUGAAGGAUCAGGCAUUUUACAAAAUACAGUCUCAAUCAAUAAUUGACAAUCCCGAUCAACGGAUUGUGGAUGACUUAAGUUCCUUCACAGGAACAGCACUUUCCUUUUCACUAACACUCUUCAAUGCUGCUGUGGACUUAAUUUCUUUCAGCAAUAUCUUGUACGGCAUCUAUCCACCACUUUUUGUUGUUCUGCUCGUCUACUCACUUUCUGGGACUGCCCUAAGUGUUUUCUUGGGGAAGGGAUUAGUAACUUUGAACUUCCUGCAAGAGAAAAAAGAGGCGGAUUUUCGUUAUGGACUUGUACGCAUUAGAGAAAAUGCUGAAUCAAUUGCUUUCUAUGGUGGUGAGGAAAAUGAGAUGCAGCUGCUGCUAUAUCGAUUCAAAAGCGCCUUUGAAAAUCUAACUAAACUUUUAAUAUCUUCGAGAAAUUUGGAGUUCUUCACCAAUGGCUAUCGCUAUCUUAUCCAAGUUCUCCCUGUUGCAGUUGUGGCACCUAUGUAUUUCUCUGGUAAAAUUGAAUUUGGGGUCAUCAAUCAAUCUGUAUCGGCUUUCAAUCAUAUUCUUGGAGAUUUCUCUCUCGUUGUUUAUCAGUUUCAAGCUAUCAGUGCCUUUUCAGCCAUCAUCGAUCGAUUAGGAGAGUUUGAUGAUGUCUUGGAUAUCCAAAACAUCAAAGGUGGCUCUGAACCCAUGGGGGAAAUUCAGCUUCAAGUUUACAGCUUAACUUCGGCACCUGUGCAAACCAAUGGAUCUGUACCUUUUAUUGACAAGCGUGUGAAAUUACUUGAUGUUGACUGUUUGACCCUUCAGACACCAACCAGUGGAACAACCCUUAUAAGGGACUUGUCAUUUGAAAUACACGAGAAGAAUCAUUUACUGAUAACAGGACCGAGUGGAAGCGGGAAAACUUCAUUAUUGAGAGCUAUUGCAGGGCUUUGGAAUUAUGGUCAUGGAAAAAUCUCGUUCUACACUAGAGAUACCAGAGAUUCUCCACUAUCCAAUAAUGAAGAUCCAGCUUCUGGUCUAGUUGCUGGUACACACAAUGUAGAAGGAAGUUUAAAAAGCCGCAGAAGCUGUAGAAAUGUAUUUUUCCUGCCUCAAAAACCAUACAUGGUCCUGGGAACUCUUCGUCAGCAAUUGCUUUAUCCUACUUGGAUUGAAGAUCUUACUUCUGCAGUUGGUGAUACCGAAUCAAAAGAUUCAUUGCCUUUCCUGAAUAAAGUGCCAAGCAUCAAAUACGACACAGUUAGGCCUGAAAAGCCUACAACAGAAGAUUUAAUGCGAGUACUUGAGGUUGUUCGCCUAGGGCAUCUAUUAUCACGCUGUGACGGUUUUGAUUCGACAAAUGACUGGUCCAGUGUACUCUCACUCGGUGAACAGCAACGCCUUGCAUUUGCGCGGCUAUUGCUCUCAAAACCAACCUUGGCUCUACUGGAUGAGGCUACAAGUGCUUUGGAUGAAACAAAUGAGGCUAAUUUAUACGGGCAUAUAGAAGCUGCUGGUAUAACUUAUGUAAGUAUAGGGCAUAGGAGAACGUUGUAUAAUCACCAUAGAGGAGUCUUGCAUAUAUCUACAAUACAACCAUCAAGUACCCAACCCAAUUGGUAUAUUGAGCCAAUUAAUCAAGAUAGGGUGGCCGAUUUGUCAAAAGGUUUAGCCAGUAUCUAG